AUGGUGCCAGGUGCAUCGGCGAGCCCGUCGCAUAAUAAAGACGGUCAUCAGAAGAAUGUGUGUCAAAACUGGCAACACAAGGAGGGAGCAUCGGGGACCUCCAUUUUGUUCUCACGGGCAACGACCGGAGUACUGCAUAUAAACGAUAGCGAGGCUGAGAUGACGGGCGGUGCGCGGCUUACUGGUCCAUAA